GUAGCACAGCGUAGAGAGUCGUGCCAGCUUCCCGCAGAUCGAUGAAUGGGCGGCGUCGAUCUUAGUUAUGUACCGAAAUAUUGAUUGUACAUGUAUGCCGAGACAUCAUGUUGAACCCAAUUCAUUGUCUUGUGAAAGUGUACCAUUGUCAUACGCCUAGAGGUUGUAUCACUGACACUGUAUCAGUAUACGUAUCGAAUCGGAGCACGUACAUGGAAGUAUCGCAGCUAAGCUAAAGGCGUAUCUGCGUGUGUGAACCAUGAAAAUUUCCAAAAGAAGGUCGUGGGCGAAUUUAAAAACAUUAGAUAAAAGAACCCUGGCUAGGCAGAAGACUGUUGAAUCAACGCGAUGCAAGUGUGCCGAUGUGCACACUUUCAGUCGCAAAAAAAAGACUUCGCUGCUAUACAGAUUAUGUGCUCAAAUUUUCAAGUUAUUGAAAUUGUUGGGCUAUCUACCACUAGGUGUCAUCGUAGUUUCGACAAAGAUGGCAGCGCCGGUAUUUUAUAUUGCAGUGAGGCUACCACUCUCGACUAUAUCAACGACGACGGUUUUGCUCCAAUGGUCAUCUCAGCACAUGAGUCACUGGGCACGCAGAGAGAUGCUAAGGCCAUGGAACAUUACUGGCUGCAUGACACACAGACGUUGGUAUGGCGGAGGCACUGGAGGAAAGCAAGGACAGGGGCAGAGUACCAACAUGCUAGCUCGAUACCUGCGCUCGUUGAAGUGGGUGCCGAUUCCAAUGGGAGUCGGUUUUGCCUAUAUCUGCUAUCAGCAGUUUGGCCAUAUCAGGAAGAGGGAGAAACGGGUGCUAGGCGAGAGUAUAGACCUUGCUAGGGACUGGCAGGUGAUGGUGUACAGGAUGAUACCUCUCCGGGGUAUGUCGAGGCUGUGGGGGAAGGUGAACAGCCUUGACCUUCCCACGUGGCUGAGAUCACCCAUAUACAUGGCCUACAGCAAGGCGUUCGACUGCAAGAUUGAGGAGGCGGCCAUCCAAGACUUGCAGCACUACAAGAACCUGGGCGAGUUCUUCCGGAGAAAGUUGAAAGUUUCUGCACGACCAAUUGAUCAGAAGCACCCAAUUGUGUGCCCGGCCGAUGGCAGGAUAUUGCACCUGGGUAAGGUCGACAUGCCUGGUAAAGUAGAGCAAGUGAAGGGCGUCACCUAUUCACUGAAGGAGUUUCUGGGACCGGCAACGUGGAUGAGACCAUCGGGCGACAGGCGAGACUCGCGUUGCAUAGACGGGCAAAGCACAGCAUCGUCAUACGAGCUGCACAGAUGUGAAAGCGCGCCGGCAAACCUUGCAACUGUCACCACGGAGAGAAGUGAAGUGCACCUGCUUGAGAGUUUCAGUAGCGAAACGGAUGGGCUGCAGUCAAAGGCUGAGACAGGCAGCGACGAGCAGGGGAAGGACCAUGCGUACCAGCGCUCACUGUGCCACUGCAGCACGUCUAACACAGCACUUUACCAUUGUGUCAUAUACCUGGCGCCAGGCGACUACCACGCCUUCCACUCACCUGCGUCAUGGGAUGUUGCCUACAGAAGACACUUUCCUGGUGAGCUGAUGAGCGUGAAUCCAAGAAUAGCACGCUGGAUAUCGGGCUUGUUUAACUACAACGAGCGUGUUGUGCUAGCGGGAGAAUGGGAAUUUGGCUUUUUCUCUAUGACAGCUGUCGGUGCAACCAAUGUUGGCUCCAUUAGAAUCCACAGUGACUACGAAUUACAUACAAAUCUGAAACACUGGAGGGCUGGAACGUACUUUGACAAAGACUUCCAGAAUCCCAAAUUAGAGAUUGCGGGCGUGCCGUUUAGGAAAGGAGAGGUCGUUGGGGAGUUUAAUCUUGGCUCGACGAUUGUGCUCAUCUUCGAGGCACCCAACAACUUCCACUUCACAAAAAAGCCUGGCGACCGGGUCAAGGUCGGCGAGGCGCUCGGUGACAUCACCAGCGAUGUCUGAUCGCUGUGUCGGCACCACACACUUGUAGUCCAUGAUUGUUGCCAAAGGAACAAAGAAGCAUCUGGCCACGCCACCAGGCGGGGAGCACUCCUCCCAUCUGGCCACGCCACCAGGCGGGGAGCACUCCGCCCAUCUGGCCACGCCACCAGGCGGGGAGCACUCCUCCCAUCGCUAUUGUCUUGAUUACAGUGCUGUUGAGCCUGCGAGUUGUACAAAGUAGUAAGUUGUCUACACAUGGAUUCUCAGAGCAUUUCUGAGAGUCAAGCAGACUGUCACAUGCUUUUGAGGAAAUUGGGUAAAUUGUAGUAGAUCCAGUGUAAAUAAAAGAUCACCAGUUCAUUAGUGACCUUUUCAUCUGACAAGGCAACAUUAAAGUUGAAUACAAAGGAGUACUGCCUUUGUCAUAUAGAUCUCAACAAAGCAUAGUUAGGGUAGGUGGCAUAUUGCACACUAGAGUUUUUGCGCUAGUGCACUGCAAGAUAUCAAUACAGUACACAAUCUAUUAUCCGAAAUUCUGAUAACCGAAAACCUCCAAAAA